UUCGUUCUCCUUCACCGACAAGCUUUGAUAUGUUUCCACUAGUCUGCGAGAACCCACCGAUCAGGGCUUUGACGGCUUCACAAUAUUAUCUUAUUCACGAAGCCUAUUAUUCUACUCCUUUGCCGAAUAAUAUAUUGUUUCCGUGGUUACAUGGAGUCGAUGGUACUAACCUUCAACAGAAUAAAUUUUUUGACAUACAUGAAUGUUCCGUGCCUGAACAUCGCGGAGUGACCGUGGUACAGGCUGAGGAAGGAACAUUGAAGUGUCAAUUGGUGGGAUCAGUCUACCCGAGUGAUAUACUGGGUCAAAAUUGUACCGAAGAUGGACAAACUGUGAGAGGCUUUUUAAAAGUAUCCGACGGAGAAGGUAUUAAUUUAAGGAAUUUCAAGAUUCAAGUAGCGAAAUACGCCACACUCUCAGAUAUCAUUGUAUACGGUGAAGACGGUGGCCUGAGUGAGAAUGUGUUGGAAAUUGCAAAGCAAGCGGCGUGGGCUCAACAAAUCUUCCGAAAGGACAAACCAAAUUUAAUGGAGUAUGAAGUUUUUGUGAUAGUCGGGGAUUAUACGCAACAAGAUCAUUUUUCUGGAGCAGAAAGAGAAGAAAUGCGAUUGCUGACAUCUGCCUCCGAAAUUUCGACAAACGUCUGGUUGGGAAAUACACAGGACGUUCCUAUUUCAAGUGAUUUUGAUCCUGCUGACUCGGCCAUCUCAUUGAUCGACGAUAACCCACACCAAUUCUGCGUGUGCAUAGAGUCACAUGAUCUUGCUGAGAUGCCGGAUCAGACGACACUUUGUCUCGCGACUGAACAGCUUGCGCUUUUGCCUAAUUCUAGACCUUCAUCGAUCGAUGAUAUCAUACACCUGGAUUGCAUAUCAUCAGGUGUUGGUUGUAUCACAACAGAAAUGUUCGACCUGAAAAUCACAAAAUUAUUAGAUCUUUGUGAGUUCAUCUCGAAUCAAGCGAAAAAUUGUGAUCAUAAGAUUUUGGUCCACUGUGCUGACGGUUACACGGAAACCUCGCUUCUUGCGCUUACAUAUCUAAUGUUUCAAGAGAAUUUAACCCUUCCACAAGCUUACCUUAAACUCCAAAAGACCCGUAGUUUCUUUGUAUAUCAAAAUGAUGUGAUCACCCUGAGAAAAAUUGAGAAACGCGUGUUCGAGAAGAAAGGAAUUGAAUAUGACGAAAAGAAAAAUUUGGAAAAAUAUCCGUGGUUCGAUUCGCCACAAUUUGAAGGAAGCUUUCCGAGCAGAGUUUCACCUUUCCUAUAUUUGGGAAAUUUAAAUCACGCCUGCAAUGCGAACAUGUUAAAGGCUCUCGGAAUUACUCACGUUCUGUCGGUUGGUGAGGAUGCGAAAUUAGAUAGGAAUGCCUUUAAGAUACAAUUUUUGGACAAUCUAUUCGAUGAUGGAAUUGACAGCUUAUGGAAUCAUCUAGACUCAUGUGUUAAUUUCAUCGAGGAUGCGCGUACGUCAAAUGGUGCCGUUCUGAUCCAUUGUCGUGUUGGAGUCUCACGCUCCGCCACCAUUACGAUCGCCUAUAUCAUGCGACACCUUG